UAAGACUCAAUCUCUCCAAAUGUAAGCCAGAUCACAGAAGAGAUACUUUCCCAGCCAUGCUGUAAUAUGACAGUUUUUAUUUUGAAUGGAAGAGCGUGCCUCUGCCUCGUUCAUUCUCUAUCCCUCGUGAGUCUUUUCCUCGAAGGCCCAAGUGGAAUUCAAUUCAUUUGUGAGUGUUGUGUUGAUUGCUACUGACUUGUUAUCAUACAUUUUCACUGGGCUUCUACUGUGGCUGAAAUGACCUCGGGCAAAUGUAAGGAGCAUAAUGGUGUGGGCGUAUAAUUGAAGGUGACUGUGGAGACGUACUGUAAGUGGUAGUAUUAGGAGAUGUCGUAGUCUGUGCUCUAGGUCUAUAUGGCGGUUCAGACUUGUCCAAUCACUUCUGUAGAUGUAAGCAAUAAGUAUUAUGGUUGUUCUACAAAUGUAGCAAUUCUAGUAUAAGUCAAAUAUGUUGUAGUAUGUCUGUUUGCUAUACUGUGUUUUUUACUACUGCGUAGGCCUAGGCUACGUCUCUGUCUCUUCUCUCUGUCCACACUGCUGGCUGUGUUGCGGUUUGUCUUUAGAGAUCGGUUACAGCUUGUUUCUUCUUCAUCUGGUCCUGUAACCUGUCUUUGCCUGACUCUGCAUUCUCGUUCUCUGGGAGAAUUAGGGAAAUAUGGAGUGACAUGCUGCAGAUUACUUAGCGGAUUAGAGGCUUUGAGGACAUCCACCUCUGUGUGAGCGCAGGUUCCCCGGAGCUCCGCUCCCCCCAGCAGCCAUGGCUGACCCGGGGAUCUUGAGCCUGUUCGGGGAUGAUGCCAACCUGUUCUCGGACGGGCUGGAAGGCCUGGGGGACUGUGGCUUCCCCCAGGACCAGCCCAACCCUAUAGGACAGCAGGAACACCAGGGCUACGGGUCGCUCUCCUCCAACUCCCUCAACCACCCCUCACAGGCCGGCCCCGUACAGCCCAAGAUGGGCCACCCCUACGACCCCUUUGCAGGCUACGAGCAGCAGCAGGGCAACGGCCCUGCCGUCAAUGGCAUGGUGACCCCACACUCGCGCUACCACAACAACCCCCAACAACCCGGAGGGGGGCACCAUGUCUACCCCAGAGCCCAAGGCGAUGGGCACGGGCAGUCCUUCCCUGAUGGAGGAGCCGUGUGGGGCCCCCAGACUGGCCCCGGGCAGGGCAGGCCUCCAUUCCAGCAGCAACAGGCAUCCGCCCAGGCCCCCUCCCACCAGCAGCACGACCCCUCAGGGUCCCAGGACCACGGCCACCGUAUGGGCCCCUACAUGGGCCGGUCCGACUACGCCACUAUGCAGGGCCACCCUGGCCAGACCCAGACGCCACCCAGGAUCACCCACUUCCCUCCGGGCAUGGGCCAGGAGCCCGACCACUACAUGGGCCACGUGGGGCUCCAGCAGAACUCCAGCAUGACGGGCCACCCGGCACAGCAACAGCAGCCCCCCCAGCAGUUCCUCCACCGGCCCGGCCAGGGCCCUGUUCACACGCAGGACCACAUGGCCUCCCACACCUCUCACCAGCAGCACCAGGGCUUGGCGGGGAGGCCACACCAGAACAUGGGGUUCAACAUGCACGGCCAGGCAGCCUCUCCUGGUGCUGUAACCAGCUCAGGGCCGUACCCCCCCUACCCCCAGUACGGCAACCUUAAUCAGGGAUUAGCCGGCAGUGCAGGGAUGAGUCCCGGCAUGAGCCUCAGCAGCACCAGCAACAACAACAGUAGCGCCAGCGGGCCUAUGGGGCCAGCCCAGGUCCAGUGUUACCCCAACGCAGGGGGGGCCCCACAGCGCUACCCAGGUCCUCAGGUACACCAGCAGCCUGUCCACCCCAACCAAAUCACCGGCCAGCCCAUACACCCCUCCCAGGCCCAGGCCACCCCCCAUAAGCAGCCCCACCUCCCCACACCACCUCAUGGAUCUUACGGCUCUCCCACCUCCAUGAAGGGCAUGGGAACCACCGCGGUCACACCUCCGCCUCAACAGGUCCGGCCCCCUAGUGCAGGUCUUGCUCCCGAGGUAGGGGGGUACCCUGGAGCGCCACUCCAGGCCCCUAACCCCAUGGCCCCCCCUCAGAGAAACACCACUCCCCUGGGCGUGCAGCAACCGCAACAUCAUCCCCAGCACCUCUCCCACCCACAGCAGCACCCCCACAUGCCCCCGAGCCAGCAGCUCUACCCGGGUAUGUCCCCCAACCAGAGAGGCCCUCUCGACCAGGUGAGACCUCCAGGACCACAGGACCAGCGGCUGCUCCCUCCCCAGCAACAGGCUCCCAAAUCUGGGCUGCAGCCUCCUCCCAUGGCCUUCCAGCAGCAGGUGCACCCAGCCCAGACCGCUUUGCCCCCGUCGCAGGCUCAGACACAUCUGGCCGGCCCCCACCACCAGAGCUCCCCUCCCAACCAGCCACCUUGGGCGCCGGCAGGACACCAGUUGCCUCCAACCCCCCAGAAAGUGCCUCACAUUCAGUAUUCUACGUCAUCUGAGAUGACAGCUUCUGACAGGACACCCGCUUCGGGGGUGAACCUCCAGCCAGCCAACCGUGACAAGAAGCCCACCGAGCAGAAACCAAAAAAGAAGAAAGCGAAGGUGAUUGUGGAGGAGGAAACAGUAGAGGGGGGAAAGAAGCCCAAAAAGAAGAAAGGAGGAUGUAUAGAGGAAUGUGGCGAGGAGGGGAAACAAAAGGUCGGGGACGGUCCCUGGGCGGAGGUUAACUGUCUGACAGGUGCCCUGGAGGAAUCGCUUGUGGUGAAGACAAAGAAGAAACCAAAGGAGCCUAAAGAGCCCAAGACUCCGAAAACACCCAAGACCCUCAAAGAGCCCAAGGAGAAGGCCAAGAGCACUACCCCCAAGGCCAAGAUGCCCAAGAAGCCCAGAAGCACUAAGAAGGUGGAGUUAGCAGAGGGCAGUGGCAGCAGUGUGAUGGAGACUAAGAGGAAGAGGGAGCCCUCGGUCUGCUCCGAUGUGGAGAAGUCACCUCCAGGUCCCUCCGAAGAGGACGACGACGACGACGACGGUGUCCAGAAGCGUCGUUCCAGUCGUCAGGUGAAGAGGAAGCGCUAUACAGAGGAACUUGAGUUCAGGAUCUCAGACGAUGAUGGAGAUGUUUCCACCGCUCCCAAGCCGCCCUUCACCAACUCUGAACAGCAGGAGGUGGAGACAGAGGGGCCCGUGGUGGAGAAGAUCCUGUCCAUACGCAUGGGGAAGAAAGAGGUGAGGCACACCCUCCCAGACAUCUGGGUCUGUGGAGAGAGAGGGUACCAGUGCCCCUGUCAUCUUAUGAUGUGCUGCUCGACCAGCUCCAAAUAGAUUACACACCCACACAGCCACUUCGUAGACCAGUCUAGCAGUGGUCUGGAGAGGAGACACUUGUGUGGACUUGAAGUCUGGUGACCUUUGAGCCGGGGUUAUGAGAGUUACGAGACUUGUCACCAAAUUCUACAUGUAUACUUAUUUUCACUCUUUCUGUGCUUGUAGUUGAUCCCUCAAACGAUGUUUUUAUAUUUUGUUUCAUUACAGAGAAAAUUGGUAGACAAAUAUUUCUGAGUUAACACUUGGCAUUGACUACGUUGUUCUGGUCAAC